AGACUUUGGAAAAUGUCAAAUUUUUGACGGAUUACGUAAAUUCGCUGUCAAAACAAGUGAUUUUUUCACGGCCGUGGUUCGAGAUUUUUAUUGAAAAUGAUUAUCAGAACUGCAAUCAAGGCUGGCUGCUGCGUGGGAGCCGUUCACUAUUCGCGAGAACUCGGAGUUUGGGGCGAUGCGGAAUCCACACACAAAUUGUACACGAAAAUCCAGCAGGAAAUGGAGCCUGUGUGCAAAAAAGUGCGAGCUACGGUGAAUUAUGAGCCGCCACCGAUGCCCACAUCGGGCGAAGUUGGUUUCAUCGUCAACCACUACUACAACGAAGGUGUCAAAGGCACUUUUCGCUUCGUCAAAAUGAUUCCGUGCUACCUCGGGCAAGGCAUGAAGAAGGCAAACGAUGCAAUUAAGGGCGCGAUGGCGGAAAAACCCGAGUAAAGUACCUUCUAGUCGAGUAAGAACUAUUCGUUGUAAAUAAAAAAUCCGAAAAAAUCA